AUGCAUAAAUCGGGGAAGACCCGUUCCAGGACAGGCAAGGAUCCACAGACCUUCUCCCUUGCAUCAACCCCGGGGCUAACAGCUCGUAAAGGUUGCCGAACGUGCCGUAUCCGCAAGGUGAAGUGCGACGAGGAAAAAUUACCAAGUCAAGCGCAUGAGGAGCCACAAUGCGCGCGAUGCUUGGCCGCGCGGAUCCUUUGCGAGUGGAAAGGCGACCCAAUCCCGCGCAGGUCGACGCGUACCUCGACAGAUCUAUCCUCCAAAAGAUCCCCAAGUGAUGAAGCCAGCACUGUGAAUCACUCCCGAACUGCAAGGAAGGGAUCUCAUCUACAAAUUACAUCAUAUCUACAGCAAUCACUCUCAACCCGAAAUCCACCUUCUGUGCAGGGUCAGAGCAUCCAGGCUGCCAAUUCCUUGUCACUGUCAGGGUUUGAUCGCGAAUGCUUAAGUUAUAUUCAGGAUUCAAUGUUGGUUGUAGUUCUCGGAAAGCACUGGCCAUGGUCAACUGUCUCUUACGCGUACCACAAAAUAGCGACUAAAGAGCCUAUGGCCAUGAGCAUGAUGUUGGCUAGUGCUGCGAGGGAGAUCUACCGGUCUAAACUCUAUGACAUGGAUAAUUCCCUCGGUCAUCUGCCGAGCAGUGAACGAUCAGACAUGGAUGGCAGGGUACAUUACGGGCGAGCUUUGUCGAGUCUCAGAGAAGCUCUCAAGCAGGAGGUGAAAUCUCCACAGCAGAUCGAGGCUAUUUUUAUCACACUUUGGUUGAUGAUAGAUUAUGAGAACCGCUUUGGCAGUGGUGCAUCCGCGAUCAAUAUUCAUAUCCGGGGCAUUGAGACACUUCUCCAUAACCACAUUGUCCCUUUGCUUCAGUGCCACACGCUCCCAGCUGCCAUUACGGACAGCCAACUCUCCUUGCAGCAAACCGAAGCCCCUAUAAACGGUCCUACUUUAGGUGAAUAUGCAAGAAAUGCAGACUCUGCUACUCUUGCGCCACCUGCAGGGUCGAUAGACGGACUGGGUGGCACGUGUGUCCCCCUUUUCCUUCUUUGGACACUCUACUUCUUCACUCCUGCAGCUCUUUUCUUUCGCUCUGAAACCGCACGACUGGAUACUGACAUUUUUCGUUUUUUCUUACAAUCUGAGACCGGAAAUACUGCGCUUAGCCUUCCUGAGCUCUACAGGCUGAGCAGGCAGUCCCCUUCCCGUUUCUGGGGCGAUGGAUACCCCAUGUCGUCCCGGCUGGAUGAUUUAGAAAAUCUUCCGGGCUUGACACUAUAUCACCGUAGCCAUGUGGUUCAAUUCGAAAUUACGGAAAUUUUCAAACAUAGUUCAGGUCCAGAUAUCAGCUUUGGUGAAGGUUGUUCAUACCAACGGAUUGCCAAAGAAAUAAACACAUUGUCUAUUGAAUAUGAUACAAUCCUCACCUCCGCCAGCACAUCUCCCUCCUGUGAUCUCGCUGGCGACCGUCGCGUUAUGGAGACCAUUUUUUGGUCAGCCAUCACAUAUUACGGCACAGUUGUCUAUUUCCAUCUCUGCUUCGAAGGUCUCGUAACCGGUCGGCCCGAGUUCCAAAGCUACAAUCACAGCAUGCUCCCUGUAACAACUGCGGUGUCUUUAGUCCUUGAACUAAGUUUGAAACUGCACCGAAGCCGGCCGCGCCUUUUAGUCCGGAUUACCUGGUCAUUAUUCAUUGCGGGCAUCGCAACUUCGGACCAAAUUUAUCAAGACUGGGUGUCUAUUCGGCUACGGGAGCUUGGAAGAUACGGGCAAAAUUAUGCUCGGAUCAGUUGCCGGUUUGACGAAAUUAGCCAUGGGGGCCACUCUUACUUUCAUGAAUGA